CUACGAAAGGCUUCUUCAUUCGAGUUCGAGACGUCGUCGUCGACGUUGUGUGUUCUUUGUGCGUCGCCUUACGGUACAUUCGCCGUUCUCUUUUCUUUUGCACAAUCUGCAAAAGUUUUUAUAGCCAUACAAUCUGAUUUACAGAUGUUGUGAAAGAAUUUUGCAGGUAAAAGUGGGAGCUAGUGGAUGAAUCUGUUCAUUGUUUUCGAUGGGAAUAAGUGGAUUCUAGUGUAUGAAAUAUUCAAAUUGAAUAGUUAGACAGUACAGGUAGAAGGGAAAAUUGCUUAACUCGUGGCGUUCGUAUGUGUGAGGCAGGUGAAAAAAUCGACAUCAACAUACGGAAGUGAGAAAACGCUAGUUGAUCUUUUCGGGAGCAGUGAAAUUACCUCGGUUAUUGUGCAUCUUAUGUGGCUGUUUGUUAAAACGCAGAAAUUUUGUGUCCCGAGUAAGUUGAUCUAACGGCCAGCAAACAGCCACCCACUCACGGUUUAUCCUCGUAAAAUAUGGUGCCCAUAUGACUGCAUAGCGAGCAGUCUUCGUUAGGAGAGCUACUAAAAUCAAUAACACGCAAGGAUACGCCUGCGGUCGUUUAUUCGUCACUUCCAGAUGGUAGCGUCAAUCCGUUCUUAAAAGUGAAUUCAGAUUAACAUCAUCGCAUUUUUGUGUGACAAGCUUAAGACAACCACAUUAGAGUGUUAAUUUAGUCGAGUUUGCUGUGGUUUGUGAAUAAAAGCGCAAAGCAGGACUAGGCUGUUCAAAAUUUUAACAAUACUGAUGGGACAACAACAAUUACAACGGCCAUUUUAUUGUUGUUUUCAUCAUCAGCAUUACGAGGCGGUUUACUGUGUCCGAAACAAAUAAAAAAAAAGGUUAAUUUUCAGGUGAUGUGAAAAAGUGAAACAAGAAGAAUAGAGUGAAACAAUUGAAAAGAAUUGUGAAACAUUACUUUGUGUCAAUUGUCAACAUGAGAAGUGCAACAGAAAUCCACAUUUUGUGGUAGCAAGUUUCUAGAUAGCAGAGGUUUUAAACAGUUGCAACACCUCGCGUUACGUAGAACAUCGUUGGCGAAAAAUCAUGACUACGGAGCAUCCGGCCGUGGAUUUGGCCAAUGCUACUGCCAGUCCCAAACCGAACAUAAUUGUGCACGCUACUGGAGCUUCCUCGGCAGCGCUGGCUAUCGAUCCUCUGAUAAGUCAUGUAGGUGACGGUAUAUUUCUGCAGACUAAAACCGCGCAGGGACUGGCGGGAAUCUUCGUGUGGAUCGCUUUGUUCAUUACGUGCCAGCAGAUCUAUCAGCACUUACGUUGGUACACUAACCCACAAGAGCAGCGAUGGAUCGUACGGAUAUUGUUUAUCGUGCCCAUAUAUGCAACCUAUUCAUGGAUAAGCUUACUGUUCUUCAACUCCGAAAGUGUCUACGUGUACUUCUUCACGGUACGGGAUUGCUAUGAGGCAUUCGUCAUCUACAACUUUCUGUCACUGUGCUACGAGUACCUCGGCGGUGAGGGCAACAUAAUGUCCGAAAUCCGCGGCAAGCCCAUCAAAUCAUCUUGCCUAUAUGGGACAUGUUGUCUUACCGGUAAAACCUACACCAUAGGAUUUCUGCGUUUCUGCAAGCAGGCCACACUGCAGUUCUGUCUGGUGAAACCCCUGAUGGCAUUCAUCAUCAUCUUUUUGCAGGCAUUCGGACACUAUCACGAUGGUGAUUGGAGUGCUGAUGGUGGUUACAUCUACAUAACCGUCAUAUACAACAUUUCCGUCUCAUUAGCCCUGUAUGGGCUCUAUCUGUUCUACUUCGCCACAAGAGAUCUGCUGACGCCGUUCGAUCCUGUGCUGAAAUUCUGCACCGUGAAAUCUGUGAUUUUCCUCUCCUUCUGGCAAGGUGUCGGAUUGGCCAUUCUGGAAAAAGCUGAAGUAAUCUCACCCAUUGUUGAUGCUGGCGGCUCAACGACAUCGGCCGGUACGGUGUCCGCAGGCUAUCAGAAUUUCUUCAUCUGCAUUGAAAUGCUGUUCGCUGCGAUUGCUUUGCGAUACGCGUUCCCAUACCAGGUUUAUGCUCAAAGUUGUAUAACUGACGCGCACGGCCGAUCAGUAACGAUGCAAUCAAUAUCCAGCAGUCUAAAGGAAACAAUGAAUCCUAAAGAUAUUAUGACGGACGCAAUACACAACUUCCACCCGCAGUAUCAACAGUACACACAGUACAGCUCAGGUGGCAAAAAUUCCCGAGGCAUCCGAGUCGCAUCCUACGAUCCAGAUGAUCCGACACAUCAGCUAACGCAAACUGGUAGCGGAGGCAGCGCUGGUGGGGGUAACGAGAUGUACAACAGUGGUAAUGGGGGCGGAAGUGGUCGUGGCACAGGCUAUACCAGUGGUCAUAGCAACUACAUUGCCCCACCGACGCUUGGCAGCCAACGGAAAUUUAUGCCAGCCGGCGGGGCACCUCAGAAGGUGUCAACCAUCAGCCAGAACUAUAACGAAAAGACCAUGUUGCUGAGUAGCGAUGACGAGUAUCAGUAAAAUUGUUUUCCGUCAUUCCUUUUGUGUUAGUCAUUGAGCAAGUUAAGCUAUACGUUUAUUUUGUGUAAUAUGUAAAUGUGCCAUUUUCAGUAUCGAUAUAAGAUGAAAAAGCUUUUACUAUGCAAAUAAACCAGAGCCAAGUGUUAGUGUAGGUUAAUACUAACAGGUAACGAACAGGAAAUGGAAGUAACAUAGUUAUUCAUAUAUGAUAGUUACAGUUAUUUCGGUACUCAGUUUGUGGGAAGUAUGUUGUUCGUAACACCUGGAUAACGUUCCAAACGUUACUCAAUUGUCACCGCAAACAAGGUUUGGAUAACAAUGUCUAAUACUGACACUCCCUAUCAACUAAGUAAUGGAAUAAUAUUCAAUAACCUACCAUUGCAUUUCCAGGAUGGGAUUUAGUGUAAAAAAAAAAUAAAAGCAGAAUAAAGGAAAAUAGAACUCGACAUCAAGCGGUAACGAAUAAUGAAGUGCUUUUUCGGUAACUGCUGUAGAGAGAGUUUAAGACAACAAUACAUUUUUCAUACCGUCUGAAAUGCAUACAUGUUUCUGUAUAGAUAGUAACACAAGCAGAAAGCUGCAUUUUUAAAUGCUUAUUUGAGUUCUGGAAUAAAACGUGAACGCAAGGUGUUAGAACGGAACGUAAAACUUACAAAAACCAUUAACUUCAACAGAGCUUACAUUUUUGUGGCAACAACUUAAGAACUAACUUUUUGCCGGAAAUCCAAAAGCCAGGUAUACUAAAAUUACAUUAAACAGAAUGAUUAUAACAAUUGUGAACGAUUUCGAAAAUAACCAUAUGCAUUGAUAUUUCAUAGCUUACUUGGAGAAACCUGACAAGAAUAUGUCAUUUAUGUAUUCCAUAACACCAAACAAAAACAGUGCUUUCUGAAAACGAUUUUCAACAAAAAAUCAAUGCCUGCAUGCCUUUCUUCAACAAAGGUGACGAAUUUCCACACCGAAUAGUAAAAUUGUUGGUUGGAUGCCAACGCCUCAUAUAACAAUACUACAAAUACUGAUUUGUUGCACCACACUAAAGUGUAUUUUCCAAUAAUUCUGAGAAAUGAUUGAUUAAUUUAUUGGUUAAUUUAUUGCUGCAAAACAGCAUUACUUGAAACACUUGAAAUGCAGUCAAGGACAGAAAGUUGUAAAGCAUCAAAUUCAUUCGUAGUCAUACGUCAAACAUGCGAUAGGUUCUUGGAAACCACCCUUUUCAUUGUAACGUACGUACAUUAUGUUGCAGCCAUUAUCUUAUCAUGUGGAAAUGCAUUUUUUCUUCAUCGACCUGUUGCAGAUAAGCACAGUAAUUCGCAAUACACAUUUAGAUUACUUUGCAAUCACAUGGUCACACAAAUCGAUAUUAGAGGCGCAAACCGUUUCUACGCCAAGCGUUCAAUGUCGAAGCAAACUUACAACCAGAACUAGCGGCAAUUGCAAGAGUACAAUAUUCCUGCCAAUUCAAAAGCAUAUUUGCUAUAUUAAAGUCCACAAGUAGAUAAAAACUUCUAUUGUGAAUUCUUUUUAUUUUUUUUGUUACUACCCAACUAAAACCCACAGUAAUGAGCAAAAUUUAUCCAUAAACAUAUUGAUCAAAAGAUUAUAAAACCAAGAGUAACACUGGCACAUGCACUCUCGACUGAAGGUGGCAAAACUGUCCUAAAUUUAAAAUGAUCUACCCUACUGGCGUACGCAUUUGUACUGUAUGAUGAAUCCUCACGUGAAAAAGAUUGUUACCUAUGCAACAAGAAACUCCUUUCGUUUUUUCAAUACGCACAGCUUUGUAAGCACCGGCAGAGAGUAAACGGGAGACUAAAACUGAGUAAGAAAUACAAAAUGCAGAAUCACUACUACUAUUAGUUAUCUGGAACAAUGAAAAUGGGCAUCUCAACAUUUGACAAACAAAAAAGUUGUUAUUACUGAAUAGAAAAGGCAGCGAAAAUUUAGUCGAACAAAGGUAAAACUUGAUACAAUUUCUAAAACUGCGUAUAUAUAAUAAAGGUGAAUAUUAUUUUAUGUAUGGUA